AUGUCGGAUAAUGAAAAUGAAGGCCACCCAGGGGCGCGAGUCGAUCAAGUCGCUCUGUUUGCCAGGAAUGAUGUAGCCUUCAAGCCAAAUCUUACACUGAUCAACGCCGGCACUAACGAUGUUAUCCGUGAAGCUUCCGAGUACCCCAUUGACAAGAUCGGCGAGCGCAUGUAUAAGCUGAUCGAGUUUCUUUUUGGCGAGAUUCCAGAUGAGAGGCAAGCGCGAAUCAUACUUGCUGACCUACACCCGGUCAUCAAAGCAGAGGAAUUGGUUGAUGGAACGCUUCCAAAUGACAAAGAUUAUGAGAAGCUAGCCGAGGCCUGGGUUCAAGCGAUAGCUGAGGCCGGUCGCAAAGGAAUACUGCUGAAGCCUCAGGAUCCAGGAGACCCUAACAUCAACGUGCCGCCCAAGGAUGCCAGUCUUGUGUCAUCUGCAUCUUCCAGAACUUCCGGAUACACUCAUAAAGCGACUCUCGCCACCCCUCCAGUAGCACUCGCCCCCAUUUCAAAGGCGCUCAGCACAAACAUGCAUACCAAAGCUUUCCCUACUCCUGAGGUGGCUUGCUCUCUUCCCAUGAACUCGGAGCCUCUUGAGGCUGGAGUGGGAUCACGACUCGACUGCACUGUCCUGGGAAAAGCGCCCGCAUACCUCAGCCAGACCUUGAUACCAGUGCUCCCACAGAGCCAUGCUGCUAGAUCCAACAAGCCGUUUUGA